AUGACCAGCAAGAGGGGCACCUGUGGGCUAUUGCCCUAUCCAUAUCCAUUUAAUUUCCUAGAAAAUUGAAACUGCUAGCGCGCACUAUCUUCUUCUAUCUUCUCCAUGGCAGCAAUCCUCUCCCUCUCUUCAAACGCUCCUCUCAAAACCACACCCUCCCUUCAUCAACCUUCUUCCCCAUUCAAGGGAAACUUGGCAAAUUUGAAGUUUACGACCGGCAACUUCAUUCCUCUUAAACUCAACUUCAAGAGCAAUUCAAAUGGAAGACCGUCACUAGUAGUUACCAAUCAGGCAGCUAGUGCUGCUGUUGCAUCUCCAACUCCUAAUGUGAGGUUCAGGUUGGACAAUUUAGGCCCACAACCGGGGUCGAGAAAGAAGGGAAAGAGAAAGGGAAGAGGUAUUUCUGCUGGACAAGGCAACAGUUGUGGGUUCGGUAUGAGAGGUCAGAAGUCGCGCUCCGGUCCUGGUGUUAGAAAAGGGUUUGAAGGUGGCCAGAUGCCCCUCUACCGCCGCAUCCCCAAAUUGCGAGGAAUUGCUGGAGGUAUGCAUGCGGGUCGUCCUAAAUAUGUCCCUGUUAAUUUAAAAGACAUAGAAGCAGCAGGAUUUCAAGAGGGCGAAGAGGUGUCAUUGGAGACUUUGAAAGAGAAGGGCUUGAUCAAUCCAUCUGGAAGAGAAAAGAAACUCCCUUUGAAGAUUCUAGGUGAUGGGGAGCUAAGUGUAAAGCUGAACUUGAAGGCUCGGGCCUUUUCAGAAUCGGCCAAGGAGAAGCUUGAGGCUUCUGGUUGCUCUCUUACUGUGUUAACUGGGCGUAAGAAGUGGUUGAAACCAUCAGUUAUUAAGAACCUUGCUCGAGCUGAGGAAUACUUUGCAAAGAAAAAGGCUGCAGCUGCUGCAUCUGAGCCAGUCUCUACUUGAACCAUUUUCAUUAAUUUUUAUGUGUUUAAGGAGUAAAAUAGCACGUGGAGAUAUAAAGCUGGGUGCUUAUUAUUAUUACUGUUAUUUUCUGUUUGUUAGAUUUCUUAGUUGUCUGUCCCAGGAUGUGAUUUCCUGUUUUUGUAUCUGCAAUUCAUUCGAAGCUUUUCUAUAAUUUGGUUUAAAUUUCGAGUA